GAUCAUACAGUCGACAGCUUACGACGCUUGCGAAACGCGCGCAUAAUUUAUUUAUUUCGAAAACGAGCAUUUCUCACAGUUGUGCCAAAGAUUAAGUGUUUGUGUAAUAUAUACAGCAUAUAUAUUUAAAUAUUUAUUACAAAUCAGAAAAUGCAUGCUAAUGUGCUGAAAAUGAUUUUGAAAUUGGCGCUGCUGCUGUUAGUGCUCGAGCAAAGCCUAUGCUAUGGCCAACCAGCCAAUUUUAACAGCACAAUGAGCAAUAUACGUAGAUUUCCCGAUUUUUUUAUGUGGGGCAUCGGUACGUCAGCUUAUCAAAUCGAAGGCGGUUGGAAUGCGGAUGGAAAAGGCGAAUCCAUAUGGGAUUAUAUGGUGCAUAAAUCACCAGCUAAAAUUUUAGAUAAUACCAAUGGAGAUGUCUCGACAGAUAGUUAUCAUCAGUGGCAACGCGAUGUACAAAUGGUCAAAGAUCUGCAUGUGGGCACCUAUCGCUUCUCCAUAGCCUGGACUAGAAUUUUGCCCAAUGGUUUUAUUCACAAUGUUAGCCAAGCGGGCAUCGAUUACUAUAACAAUCUGAUUGAUGAGCUGUUGAAGUAUAACAUUAAGCCCAUGGUUACGAUCUAUCAUUGGGAUAUGCCGCAGCGACUGCAAGAGUUGGGCGGCUGGACGAAUCCAGAGAUUAUACCCAUUUUCAAGGAAUACGCGCGUUUGGUUAUCGAAACCUUUGGUGAUCGUGUUAAGCUUUGGACCACACUCAACGAGCCCUGGCAUGUGUGUGAAUACGGCUAUGGUGUGGACUAUAUGGCGCCUGCUUAUAACUAUCCUGGCAUACCCAGCUAUUUGUGUGCCCACAACAUGUUGAAGGCGCAUGCCGAGGUGGUGCAUAUGUAUCGCGAUGAGUAUCAGGAACGCAUGGGCGGACGCAUUGGCAUUACAAUGGACAGCGCCUGGCAUGAGCCGAAGAACAGCGAUUCAGUGGAGGAUCAUGAAGCCUCUGAGCGCACCAUGCAGUUUUACUUGGGCUGGUUUGCUCAUCCUAUCUUCUCCAAAUUUGGCAACUACCCUAAGGUCAUGAUUAAGCGCAUUAGAGCUUUGAGCAAGCAGCAGGGCUUUGGCUCACGUUCCAGACUGCCAGAGUUUACGCCAGAGGAGAUACAACGCAUCAAGGGCACUGCUGACUUCUUUGGCAUUAAUCACUAUACAAGCUAUCUGGUCACUCCCAAUGAUGCCAACAAUACAGGCAAUUUCCCCAUUCCCUCCUGGAAUCACGAUAUGGAUGUCAUCAAUACACAAGAAGGCGUCGACUGGCCGACCUCUGGCUCCAAGUGGUUGAGAGUCUAUCCCAAGGGCAUGUACAAUCUGCUCAUGUGGAUACAUCGUGAGUACGAUGCUCCCAAUAUAAUUGUCACCGAGAACGGCGUCAGUGAUCGCGGUGGUCUGGAGGAUUAUGCUCGCGUGGAUUAUCACAAUCAUUAUCUGUCCGCUGUGCUGGAUGCCAUUGAGGAUGGCGCUAAUGUUAUGGGCUACAUUGGCUGGAGUCUUAUGGAUAGCUUUGAGUGGAAGGUCGGCUAUGCGGAGAAGUUUGGUCUCUAUCAUGUCAACUUCAGCUCACCCGAGCGCACACGCACGCCCAAGAUCUCGGCCAAGGUGUUUGCCAAUAUUUGCAAGACGAAUGCGCUGGACUGGAACUAUCGACCCAAGUUGGAUGGUACAACAGAUUUAGUUUAAGUUCGCUUAUCCCUAAAGCAUUGAACAAGUAUUAAUUUGCAUACGAUAUUUAAAACUAUUUUUAUUUAAACUUACACAAAAUUAAAUGAUUUUAC